AUGACAAACGGGUUCGCCAUGGUACGCCCGAAUCAUCCGUUUGAUCAUACGGGGUCCGCGGAUCCCAAACACAUGUUCAAAUCGUCCGAGGACCCAAUCACCGCCUCGUUCAUAUCCGACUCGGCCGGGGGCUGUUACGUGAAAGCAGAUUCCUUCGAAACAUUCCCUCGUCCAAACGGACAUCCUGGUCACUUAUACAGCCCAAACACCAACGCGGUCGGUCCAGACCGCGGAUCUCAUCUAUUGCAACAACAACAGCAGCAGCAGCAACAACAACAGUCUCAACAACAAGCUGCAGCAAAGUUUCAUCAACAAUCCUCAAUGCAUGGCAAUCCCGACCCGAUGCUGAUGAAUCUGGUCCCAGACUUUGGGCAUACAUCAAACAAUCAGCACGUGACCGGUUACACGUUGAGUCACUCAUAUCACAGUUCAAGCACACUCGAUCACGGGGCAUUCCCCAUGGGCUCACCGAUUGAAAUGAAUACAUCUAGACAGAUGGGUCUAUCUGAGGCGAAUGGAAUUCAGCACGGGAUGACCACCUAUGGGACCCAGUCAAACAAUACAAUAAAAGAGCCAUUACUGGCCCCGCAUCAUCAACCCCGGUUCGCUGGACAGACCAUAUACAAUCAGUAUACACCCAGGCAAUCAUCAGGUCCAACUAGAUACGCAGGGACUUUACGAAGUCCAUCUAGUUUGGCUAAGAUGAAAACCGGUGCAAUGACAGAAUUGCCCGGCGGGAGCACACUUCCACGCAGUUCUGCCUGUAUCACCAUAACGAAUCCGGCUCUCGUGUUCAAUGGUCAUGAAACGAGUUCGGAAUUUCAGAUGACCACAAAUGGUUCUCUGGAUCGGCCGGACACGAAUACUCCGAAACCCGGUGGUCGUUCAACCCAAAUCCUGUCCACAGGCCUAGCCGCGUUCUCCACUCAUCAACCUCAGUCCACCACUAGUGGGAAUACGUCAAUGGAGACCGCAACUAUGACCUAUUCGGACCAAUCAAAUCAACCAACAAUAACAACUACAACAACUCAACAGCUUGUAUCAAUCAAACUGGCUGAUUCAGCUGCCGGAACUCCCACGGGGAUGGCUGCGCCUACCAGUCCCUUACCAUCGAGCUUUUACAAUGACGCAUCAUUGGAAUACGCAUUGUCUUCCUCCUGUACCCCACUGCUUCUCUCUCUAGAUACGGCCACCCAAUUACAGUUUGCCUCACCAAAUCCCAUUCUUAUGACUGCCGAUCCGAAUAACGGAACCGGUCCAUCCUAUUCUACUGGUUAUUACAAUUUUGAUGGUGCAUUGACUGCUGCACCGAUUCUGGUCCAAACCCCGAGUCCACUAACGUACACUCAUCUGUCAACGUUAGGCACACAGGAGGAUAGGGGUAUGGCCAAAUCGUGA